AUUUGGGCGGGCCUUGCACUUUACUGAAAAAGAAUAGGAUUAACCACGUUGUUCUCCACAUAGCACGUCAAUGUUUAUUUUUAUUAAUUAAAACAUGUAUGCCAAGUCCCGAACGUUAAAUGCAGGACUGUGAGUCCUCAGAGUAGAGGAUAAUUUUACUUAAUAGCAUUUAACGAAUUGUCAGAAUAGUUUCUGCACGGAUAGAGCUAGUUGAAGGACCAACGUAGGGAAGUGCUGAAACUUACAAACACAAACGUGUGAAAAUGGCAACAGAUCCUCAGUUUGUGCUGCAGUAUCUUACAGAAGUUGAAGAGCUGGCAGAAGAUGUGCUAACAGACAAACAGCAGAUUGUGGAUUUGGAUGUGAAGAGGAAUCGAAACAGAGAAGCACUCAGAGUUUUGCAGAAAGACUUGGAGAAGUCAGAAAAGGUGAUGGUUUGUUUUGGGAACAUGUUUAUAAAGCUCCCAAAGUCGAGAACAAAGGAGAUGAUUCAGAAGUAAAGAUCAGAUUAAAGGAUUUGACCUUAAUCCUUUGUCUCUGGAGGAAAUGCAGGCAAUUAAAAAAGUUCUACAAGCAAAAUAGUUCAAAGGAAGAAUGUAUGUCAAAAUGGAGUCCUCCAAAAACAUGUUUCUGAUCUGACUACUCUACAUGGAUAGAGAGAAAUUCUGCAUGAAGUCUGAAGUCUCAGCAGAAUGAAGUGUGUGUGAAGUUUUACUGAAUUUGUAAUGCCUUCUGUGAAGGUGUGGAGUCUGCAUUGCUUGUUCAAGAAGUGACAUACCAUUUUUUUCUGUUUUAAAAAACAUAAUAGAAGAGCAGUGCAAAAUGUAUAGAACUUGUGUGCUUCAUUGUCUUACCCUCAUUAAAUGUGCUUGUAUGUUUUUGUCCAUUUACAAGAAUAAAAACUUCUAUUUUAGCUUGAAA